AUGCCGAUUGUUUACCUUGCCUUUACCUGUCUACUCCAUCUCAUCAUCUCAUCUCACCUCAUCACUCCAUUCAAACCACCUCAACCAGACUUCAAAAUGAGCCAAACCACCGUCCCCCCCACAAACUCCGCCAUCGCCCUCUCCCUCCUCACCUCCCUGGGCGGCGUCAUCGGAUACGCCCGCACCGGCUCCAUCCCCUCCAUCGCGGCCGGCCUCUCCGUCGGCGCCCUGUACCUCCUCAGCUUCAACAGACUGCGCAACAGCCAGACCUACGGCGAGGAGAUUGGGUUGGUCGCGUCGGCCGUUUUGGGGGGCAGCUCGAUCCCCCGUGCGAUUAAGACGAAGAAGGCGGUUCCCAUUGGUUUGAGCUUGGUUGCUACUUAUGGGCUUUUGGUGUUUGGGUUGGCUUUUCGGGAGAAGAAUUCGAGGGCUUAG